AUGUCUCCUACAAAGCUCUCCAGGACUGGCAACUUGGCGUCGAAGAAGUCGGUUUCCAGCAAAAUUGACCUGGACGCCUUGAAGAAGAAGCUGGCCGCAAAGGCCCCGGAGAAACCGUCUACGCAGACCGAAAAGGAGUCCAGCUCUGAAAAUGAAGAGGAAACACAAGAACCGGUCAAGUCGUUCAAGGAACUGGGAUUGCAGCGCGACAUUCUGGAUGCAAUCGAGCAACUGAACUUCUCGGAGCCAACGCCGAUCCAGGCCCAGUCGCUCCCGCACAGUCUCCAGGGCAGAGACAUCAUUGGUAUUGCCCAGACCGGGUCCGGUAAAACGGCUGCGUUUGCGAUCCCGAUCCUCCAGGCCCUCUGGGAGGCGCAGACACCGUACUUUGCAUGCAUUUUGGCCCCAACGAGAGAAUUGGCGUACCAGAUCCGCGAGACGUUCGACGCUUUGGGCGUCAACAUGGGUCUGCGGUGCUCCACCAUCGUGGGAGGAAUGGAUAUGAUGGAACAGGCCAAGGAGCUGAUGCGCAAGCCCCAUGUGAUCGUUGCCACGCCGGGACGGUUAAUGGACCAUUUGGAGAAUACCAAGGGUUUCUCGCUCAAGGCCCUGAAGUAUCUGGUUAUGGACGAGGCAGACCGGCUGCUAGACAUGGAGUUUGGUCCUGUGCUCGACAAGAUCUUCAACAUCAUCCCUAAAGACCGUCACACGUACCUGUUCUCUGCCACGCUCACGUCCAAGGUGGAGAAGUUGCAACGGGCCUCGCUCGUCGACCCGGUGAAGGUGGCCGUCAACGACAAGUACGCCACCGUCGACACGCUGAUCCAGACACUGAUAGUGGUUCCGGACGGAUACAAAAACACAUAUCUCAUCUAUCUGCUGAACGAAUACGUUGGCAAGUCUGUGAUUGUUUUUGCGCGGACCUGUGCGCACGCGCAGAAGGUGGCUCUGCUUGCGCGGAUUCUGGGCUUUUCGGCCAUCCCGCUGCAUGGACAGCUGACCCAGGCGCAGAGACUCGGUGCCUUGAAUAAGUUCAAGUCCGGGGACAAGCAGAUCCUCGUUGCAACCGAUGUGGCAGCCAGAGGACUGGAUAUCCCGUCGGUCGACCUGGUGAUCAACUACGACAUCCCCACCGACUCCAAGGCGUACAUCCACCGUGUUGGAAGAACUGCGCGUGCGGGACGGUCCGGAAAGUCGGUUUCCUUGGUCACCCAGUACGACCUGGAGCUGAUUCUGCGUAUCGAGAAGGUGAUCGAGAUGAAGCUGCCGAAAGAGGUGCCGAACAAAAACGAGAUCCUCGCGCUGCACAACUCUGUCGACAGAGCUACCGCCCAGGCCGUCUCGAAGGUCAAGGAGUUCCACUCCAAGAGAAAGUUCAAAAAGAAGGAUUAG